AUGAAGAAAUUGGGACUUGCAAAAGAUGUGUUCAUUCCGACGGCCGAUCUGAGACUUCAAAGAGGUACUAGAACGACGCAACACGAAUCCGUACCGAGUCUUGAAUCAAACGCCUUACCCUCGUUUGAUGUGGAUAGACCCUCAGACUCCAUUUCUGAUUCCAAUUCGCUAUCGAACACAAUACCAACAUCUGUUCCCGAAACGGCUGGAUCUUCUUCAAACACAAGAGCCACACCCUCUUCUUAUAUGGUCAAUUCUGAUGAAGAUGAAGCAAGUGAACCCUCUGGCUCAAGUAUCGAUACUAUUGCGAACGCCGCGUCAACUCUCUCUUCGCUUACGAUCGACCCUUCGCUCAAACUAGAGAUCAGUAUCAGUGUAGAGGCCAAUAUUGAUCCAAGUCCAACUUCUGCAUUGUUUCGCUCUACAGCCAGCUUCUCUUGA